AUGGCAAAUAAACCCAAGGUCCUCCUCCUAGGCCAAAUCGAACACGCCCACGACGCCUGGUCCCAAAUCGCCUCCAUCGCCACCGUCCUCACCCCCAAUGCCACCAACCGCCAAGAAUUCAUCGCAGAAUGCCAAUCCGGCCGGCUGGACGGCGUGGUCGCCGCCUUCCGCACCUUCGACUCCUUCGCUGUAACCGGCAAAAUUGACAAUGAGCUCUGCGACGCGUUCCCCAAGUCCCUAAAGUUCAUGUGCCACAACGGCGCUGGGUACGAUCAAGUCGACAUCCCGGCAUGUACAUCGCACUCCAUCCGCGUGUCCAACACCCCUACGGCCGUCGACGACGCAACCGCCGAUAUAACCAUGUGGCUGCUCAUCGGUGCUCUGCGCAACUUCCCCGUGGGAAUGGCCGCUCUUCGCGGAGGAGCUUGGCGCGGAAACCCCCUACCGAAGCUGGGCCACGAUCCGCAGGGCAAAGUGCUCGGGAUUUUGGGCAUGGGUGGCAUAGGACGUAAUGUGGCGACCAAGGCGAGGGCGUUUGGGAUGAAGAUUCGGUAUUAUAAUCGGAAUAGGUUGUCGCCUGAGCUGGAGGAUGGGGCGGAGUAUGUUAGUUUUGAGAAGUUGUUGGCGGAGAGUGAUGUCUUGAGUCUCAAUCUUCCAUUGAAUCCGAAAACUCGACAUACUAUUUCUACAGAGCAAUUCGCCCUCAUGAAGCAGGGUAUUGUAAUUGUCAACACGGCACGCGGGGCGGUCAUGGACGAAGACGCCCUUGUCAAGGCCUUGGAUGCAGGGAAAGUCGCCAGUGUAGGUUUGGAUGUGUACGAGGAAGAACCCAAGAUUCAUCCUGGCUUAAUUGACAAUCCGAAUGUGUUGCUCGUCCCGCACAUGGGAACCUGGACGGUUGAGACGCAAACCAAGAUGGAGGAGUGGGCCAUCAGUAAUGUGAAGCUGGCGGUUGAGCAAGGCAAGUUGAAGAGCAUCGUUCCCGAGCAAAAGGAUAUGGCUUAG